CCGCCCUCCGGCAGCCAGAGUCGGCGGAGCACCGGCGGUCCGAGCCGCCCGCCGCAAUGAAGGGCCGGCGGCGGUGGCGGGGCGAACACCGUCGCUUCGCCGCGGUGCUGGUGCUGUACACGCUGCUGCUGCUCCUUCUGGUGCCCUACGCUCUGGACUACGGGGCCAGGCGCGGGCGGACGGACGAGGAGCCGCUGCUGCGGCGCUGCCCCAGCCUGGAGGAGGCGCUGAGCGAGUGGGGCUGGGAACAGCGGCCGCCGCUGGACGAGGAAGAGGAGGAGGAAGAUGAGGCGGGCACGGCCGGGGCGGCGGGGAACGGCAGCGCCGGGGCGACGGAGAAGCGGCACAUUUACCUGCACGCUACCUGGCGCACGGGCUCCUCCUUCCUAGGGGAGCUCUUCAACCAGCACCCCGACGUUUUCUACCUCUACGAGCCCAUGUGGCACCUGUGGCAGGCGCUCUACCCCGGGGACGCACUGAGCCUGCAGGGUGCCCUCCGCGACAUGCUGCGCGCCCUCUUCCGAUGCGACUUCUCCGUCCUGCGCCUCUACGCCGCCCCGCCCGCCCCCCGCGACCCGCUGGCCCCCGCCCCGCCCGCCGCCGACAACCUCACCACGGCCAGCAUCUUCGGCUGGCGGACCAACAAGGUGAUCUGCUCGCCGCCGCUCUGCCCCGCCGCCCCGCGGCCCCGCGGGGAGAUCGGCCUCGUCGACGGCGCCGCCUGCGAGGAGAAGUGCCCGCCGCGGGCGCUGCGGGAGCUGGAGGCCGAGUGCCGCAAGUACCCGGUGGUGGUCAUCAAGGACGUGCGGCUGCUGGAGCUGGGCGCGCUGCUGCCGCUGCUGCGGGAGCCGGGCCUCAACCUGCGGGUGGUGCAGCUUUUCCGCGACCCCCGCGCCGUCCACAACUCCCGCCUGAAGGCGCGGCAGGCGCUGCUGCGGGAGAGCGUCCAGGUGCUGCGGAGCCGCCACCGCGCCGAGCCGCGGGGGUCGCCCCGCCACCAGCAGCAGCAUCUCCUGCUGCCGCCCGGGCUGCUGGGCGGCGGGCGGGCGUCGCAGCCGCAGCACCGGGCCGAGUUCUUCCUCGGCGGCGCGCUGGAGGUGAUCUGCCAGGCUUGGCUCCGCGACCUGCUCCUGGCCCGCCGCGCUCCGGGCUGGCUCCGCCGCCGCUACACGCAGCUGCGCUACGAGGACCUGGUGCGGGAGCCCCGCGCCGAGCUGCGCCGCCUGCUGCGCUUCGCCGGGCUCACGGUGCCGCCCGCCCUGGAGGACUUCGUGCUCAACAUGACCCGCGGAGCCGCCUACUCCUCCGACCGACCCUUCCUCAUCUCCGCCCGCGACGCGCGGGAGGCCGUGCACGCCUGGCGGGAGCGCCUCAGCCGCCAGCAGGUGCGGCAGGUGGAGGCGGCGUGCGGCGAGGCCAUGAGCAUCCUCGCCUACCCCCUCAGCGGCGGCGACGCCCGGUAGCGCCCGCGCCCCGCGUCCCGGACGGGCCCGAGGGCAGGCGGGUGCUGUCGGGCAGAGCUGAGCGCGGGGGUUCACUGCUGGCACGGUGGGCGCUCCCUGGGGGCAGCCCCGGCUGAGGGACACCUGCCUUGCCUCGGGUGCAGGCAGCGCGGCAGGGUCCAGGCCCCCCCGCCCCGCUGUAGCUUCAGUGGGGCUGUGCAGGGCAAGGGGGGAUGAUUUAUUUAAAAGAAGGGUUUGGUUUUGAUGCCUCCGACUUGGAGGAUGCAUCAGUCUUGGAGCCAUUUCAACUUGAAGCCGUGAUCGUGUACAAAGCACAGAUGUGCUUC